AAAAAAGAAAGGGCACGUCGCAACAUUCUCGGCUGCGGUGAAACGCACCAGUAGAGCGUGUGUGACCUAGUGCAGGCAAGUGCAGGCACCCGACAUCCCAGUUACGUGCAGGCGAGAGGUGCAGGUGGUAACGUGGUGCUCUGUUGGCCAGACACAGAUAUAUGGCUGCACCGUUGCUCGUGGUGAGGUGCACGGCGCAGUCCACGGACAGGACCAACCAACGUCUUCCCGACCUUCGCACAGUGUUGGCGAUACCGCGCUUACCUCAUCUUCGUUGCCCGGGAAACGGUGGUAGUGGUGGUGUUGGUGGUAGCAGUAGUAGUAAGAAUCUUCAAAAGUCACCGUCGGGUGCGUCCCAAUAUCUGCGCGCCAUCCAAAUAACGUCAUCCGUCCGGUGUGGUGGAGGCUGGAGCCGUAGCACUAGCGCAUCUCGCCCCGGGAAAGGUAGGAGAUGUGAACCCAAACCGCAAUCACCCUUACAUCGUUUUCCAAACCCCCCUUUCACAUCCCACAAUUCAAACAGCAUUCUUCGCAGCAUCCGAAUGUGGGUGAUGGUGUGAUCUCCGACUCUAGUGGGAACUACCUCGGUAAAACAAAAACAAAAAGACAAACAAACAGUUGUGUGAUUAAACGCGUGAAAUGGUGGCACACAGAAACAAUGGCGCAAUUAGCCAAACCGAUCCACGCCAAUCAACCUGAAGAGGGCGCCCUUUACAAUACGCCCGUGGAGAAGGUGGAGGAGUUGAAGAAAAACACACGCACACACGCACGCACUCUCCAGUCCGCAAUCUAUCAAUAAUUUGCACGCGGAAAACUAGCACGAGGUGCGUUAGUGUGUGUCAGUGAGUGAGUGAGUGAGUGAGUGAGGCUUGAGCUGCUGGCCCGUCUUGGGUUAUUAAGACAUUAAAUUCCUCCACCACCUGUGUUCCUUGUGCAGUGGUCGGGAAUUUCCCGUUUUUAUUUUCGUUCCGUUGUCCAGCGCCCUGAAAGAAAAAAAAACGGGGGGCGAGAACGCAUUACAGUGUGAAACAUUAUUCUACGGUCGCACGCCUCACUUCAAGCAACCUGUCCAGUCUCAAUCUUAUCAACUGUAAGCAUUCAAAAAUAAAACACAAAAAAACACACACCCAGCUCGAUCUUCGACUCAACUAGCAACUGGUAAACAGCCGCAAACCCACCGCACGGGAACCGAAACGGAACGCACACAAUCGUGCGCUGGAAGUUUAUUGUUAUUCACCUAACCACCGUCCAGGCCGGACGAUUGCUAUUAAAAACCGGACCAGUGUGAUGUGCAUUUGCGUCUCGGCAGGUGUCAUGAUUGCGAUAGUCAUCCGUGCCAUUGCAAGUAAUCGUAGCGCUACUAAACCUUCCACUAACACACUUUGCACCAUCGCACACAGUUAUGUGUGGAGCGUGUUCAUUACUCUCCAUUUAACCAUUAUGGACGCCUACAGCGUGUGCACACCGAGUGAGUGCGUGUAAUCGUUUCCAGCCAAUCGAGCCAAAAACACAUUAUCGCACCUGUCAAAAUGGCCGGUGACGACAUUACCUUCAUCUUCCAGUUUGGGAAUCUGCGCGACAUCACCACAGUGGAGUCGAGUGCACUCACACUCAAAACACUCAAAGAGCUGGCCUGUGAAUUCAUCAACAGUAAGAUCCCAGAGAAUGGUUUAAAUCGGCUACCGGAACGGUUGCUGCUCUUCCGGCACGAUUACGAAUCGCACAAUGUACUGCAGAUGGUGACGUCCGCUUCCGACAUCGUAGACGAGACGCUGGUUGAGAUUGUGCUCACUGCCAACCAAACGUUGCUUCCACCGGCGAACAGUGGACCGGCACUGCACCGGAACAAUGUGCCGAUUGCUCAAGAGGACAUACCGCUGGUGCGGCCCCACGCACUGAACGUUCACUCGUACAAGGCGCCCACCUUUUGCGACUUUUGCGGCGAGAUGCUGUUCGGGCUGGUACGGCAGGGGUUGAAGUGUGACGGGUGCGGGCUCAACUACCACAAGCGCUGUGCGAUCAAAGUGCCAAACAACUGCAGCCGGGUGGAGCACACCGGCGUGCUGCAGCAGUCCCAGUCGCAGCAGCACAGCAACGGCAGCGGCAACAGUGGCAGUGGCCGUCGGUCCGGUUCCGCCGGGGGCGGGCUGCUGUCCUCGAUGACGGCCGCUGUCAUGCCGGCCCGCAGCCCAUCCGGCGGUUCCAGCAACUCACUAGCGUCCGACGAAACAGCCGGCGCCGGAACAAUGCUGUCUACUACCCUGCGCCAGAGUCGGUCACCAUCGCUGACGAGCCGUGGUGUCGUCGGUGGCCACCCGAUCAAAAUCCCGCACAGCUUCUCCAUCCAUACGUACACCCGGCCGACGGUGUGUCAGUACUGCAAGAAGCUGCUGCGCGGGCUCUUCAAACAGGGCGUCCAGUGCCGGGACUGCCACUACAACGCGCACAAAAAGUGCAUCGAGAAGGUGCCGAAGGAUUGUACGGGCGAGAACACACAGCCGGUAGACGUGCACGACGAUCGCAGCCUGUCGAGCGAUCGCGAGCUGCUGUACAAGGACGACCCAGAAGACGAGAGUGACUUUGAUGACAAUCCGUUCGGUCAGGCGGGCCGACGAUCGGGAGGCGUUGGUGGUGUGGGCCCGAUGCCCGGUGCGGCGCCGGCAAAGGAAGGUAUCGGGAAAGAUGCACCAGCCGGUGGAGAAGGUUCACCGGGAAAGAUGAACGGUGGUAAUGCGGUACCGGCACCGGCGUACCAUCUGCUGGACGACUCCGACGACAACCGGCUGGAGGUGAUCUGCGAGCAAUCGCGCCAAUCGUCGAGCAAUUCGUCGUCCUCGCCAAGUGCCAACAUACCGCUGAUGCGCAUCGUACAGUCGGUGAAGCACACCAAGCGUCGGGAUGGGCGCGCCACGAAGGAGGGCUGGCUGGUGCACUUUACCAGCAAGGAGAAAACGAUCAAGCGCCAUUACUGGCGGCUCGAUUCGAAGGCAAUCACGCUGUUCGUGUCGGACCAGGGCAGCAAGUACUACAAGGAGAUACCGCUGAACGAGAUCGUGGCGGUGGAGGCAGCACGAACCCUGCAGGGUGAGGUGCUCCACUGCUUCGAGAUACGGACCGCGACGGUCGACUACUACGUCGGGCAGGACCCGCUGUACAACAUGAAGCAUCACACCGAUCCGGUGCUGGCGUUACCACCGCCGGACAGUGGCGUCGGUGCCUAUCUGGCAAAGAGCUGGGAAACCGCCAUCCGGCAGGCACUGAUGCCGGUCCAGACCGGUACGGGGCGGUCGGAGGCGCACGGUACGGGCGGUGGUACGAGCGAACCGGAGGAGCGCGUCACCGACAUGAGCCAGCUGUAUCAGAUCUUCCCGGACGAGGUGCUCGGCUCCGGACAGUUCGGGAUCGUGUACGGUGGUGUGCACCGAAAGACCCACCGGGCGGUCGCGAUCAAGGUGAUCGACAAGUUGCGCUUCCCUACCAAGCAGGAGGCGCAGCUUAAGAACGAGGUAGCGAUACUGCAGAACCUGUCCCACGCGGGUGUCGUCAAUCUGGAGCGCAUGUUCGAAACACCGGAGCGAAUCUUCGUCGUGAUGGAGAAGCUAAAGGGAGACAUGCUGGAGAUGAUACUAUCGCAUCAGAACGGUCGUCUAAAUGAGCGCGUCACCAAAUUUCUCAUCACGCAAAUACUCGUUGCCCUGAAGUACCUGCACAGCCGUAACAUCGUACAUUGCGACCUCAAGCCAGAGAAUGUGCUGCUUUCGUCGGACAACGAAUUUCCGCAAGUGAAGUUGUGCGAUUUCGGGUUUGCUCGCAUCAUCGGGGAGAAAUCGUUCCGACGGUCGGUCGUCGGUACACCCGCUUACUUGGCACCGGAAGUACUGCGCAACAAGGGCUACAACCGGUCGCUGGACAUGUGGAGCGUUGGCGUCAUCAUCUACGUCAGCUUGAGCGGUACCUUUCCCUUCAACGAGGAUGAGGACAUUAACGAUCAAAUCCAGAACGCCGCCUUCAUGUACCCGCCAAACCCCUGGAAGGAGAUCUCCUCCGAUGCAAUCGAUCUGAUCAACAACCUGCUGCAGGUGAAGCAACGGAAACGGUUCACGGUGGACAAGAGUCUGCUGCACUGCUGGCUCCAGGAUCUGCAAACCUGGAACGAUCUCCGCGGGCUCGAGUCACAGGUUGGCUUGCGCUAUCUGACGCACGAAUCGGACGAUGCCCGGUGGGCGGUGACGGCCGGCAGCGGAUGCCAUACCGGUGGCGGUGGUCCAUGACCCGUCGCCUCGGCCGGCCCGGCCGGGGGACGUCUGCCCUCGCUACCCUUCAUCCAGGAGUCGUCAACACCGCCCGCCGAUGAACCGGCCACCUCGACCGCCGUCCCCAUCUCCCGGCUCGCGUCCGAGUACUGUGUCGGCGGACCGGAUGCCAAAGCGUACGGUCACCCGCAUCAACCCACCCUGCUGUUUCAUGACUUCCGCGGCAAAGCGUACCGGUGGAUGCGCGGACGGUUCUGCCGGUUUGUGAAGGCCUAGACGGUGCCUAACCAGAAAACCCCUGAUGGAAACUAAUCUCACAACGCUCAUCCCGUUGCGUGACGAGCUGAUAUUUGUUUUACCGAAACCGAAACCUACUCGAACCGCUUAAUCUCUCCAACGAUAGGGUUGAUUUUUAGAUAUAUUUACACAUGCACAUAAGCAAGCCACACCUACACCCGCACCCAUCUAUAAACACACAUUCUUCUUCGAUAUUAUCGGAUAGGUUUUUUUUACGUGGUUAUUGUAUAGGAGUUUGAGGUUAUGUUCGUUUUUUUUUUAUUUGCUCUUGCUAUUUACUUAAAUCGGAUUCGGUCCGGACCAUUCCGGAAGCAUUCGUUA